AUGGAGCAGUUGUGUGUCGGCAGCUGUGGUGGCGGGCAGCAGGAUAUGGCCUCUUUCUUGCCUGGAGCGUUUGGGCCAGGCGCUGAACCCGUGCAGUCAGAGCCGUUUGCUCUUGCCCUACAGGCGCACCGAAGCUGUGCUGAGCGCUGCAUUUCUGAAGGCAUCACAGUUUCGGUUGAUGAUGGUGCAGAAAAGGCCGUCGACACACUGCAGAGAUGUGGUGUUGUGCAGAUAUUGCGCGGCUAUGACCUCGCGGCGUUGGAUCAGUUCCAGAAGGCAUUUGACCAGCUGAAGUCCAGAGAGAAGGCGUACCAAAAGUUGCUUGACACAAAGCAGCUUCAUGAUGGACGUCAUCAGGUAUACUUGCCGUUCACGAAGCCUUUCUCUUCACGCAAAACGCUCGGCGUGAGCGAUUUGGUUCUAGAGGUGCUGCAUUCGUACUUUUUGGCAAGUGGUGGUAGCUUUGGCAUUGACCACGUGUCGGUGUUAACAUCUUCGAGUGGAAGUGCAAACCAGAGUUUGCAUCCUGAUGUGCACUAUUUCAAGGGCCUCUCCGUUUCGGUGCACACGGCUUUGCAAGAUGUCCCUCUGUCCAUGGGGCCAACGUACUUCUGCCCCUGCAGUGGUGAGUCGCUGGCUCGAGAGGAUUGGCCUGCCAGUGCUGCCAUCAAGAUGACAAUCUUGAAGCGAAGAGACUGUCUGGCAAGUCCCUUCGCCCCUCCUUUCACGGCUCGUGGGACUGUCACCAUCUAUGAUGGGGCAAUGUUCCACAAGGGGCUGGAAAAUGGAAGUGGACGAGACCGGCCGGUACUGAAGCUCGAGGUUGCUGCGGAGGAGUUCGCCGAACGCAGAAAUUACAUUCAGCUGGCAUCUGUUGCUGCCAAGAAGCAAGUUCGUCGGUUUCGUGAAGCCAUGGGUCCGCCUCAUUUUGGUGAAGUCCGUAGGCAAGACUUAUAG